AUGAAUAAUUCUGGAGAUGAUAUUUAGUUACUAAAAAAAACUAUCAAUGAGAAAGACUAACAGAUAAGUGACCUUGAAAAAAAAUUGAGAUUAGAGUAAUUUAGAAUGAAAAAGCAAUAGAGUGAACUAAAUGCGAAAAUCGAAAAUGAGAAAUCUACUGCACAAAAUAAUGCUGAUUAAAUCAACCGAUUUGAAUUGCAGAUAAAUGAUCUUAAAUCUAAGGUAGUUAUGAAAUUCAUAUUUUAGUUGAGUGAAACCGAAAAAAAGAAUUUAUAGUUAAUUGAAGAGAUAAGUACCUUAAAAAAAAGAAGAGCAUCAGGUUCCACAGACGAGGACUUUCAACCAAAGAAAGAACUUCAAGGAGAUUUUCCUUCUCUCCAAUAGAUUCUAGGAAUUAUACAAACAAAUCAAGGCAAUUAUCAACCUGAACUUGCUAAAUUAUAUGAAUGUUACACAGAAGCUUGUCAAAGUAAAGAUGAACAAAUCAAUUCUUUAAAGGAGGAGAUCAAAGAUCUUACACAAUAGAUAGACAUUAAAGUACAUCUAUUAGCAAAUGAUAUUUUAGUAAUCUUAGACAACUAAGUAACUGGAAUAAUAAGAAGAACGAAUUAAAUAAUUAAAAUAGAGUCUGGAUUAGAGAGAGAAUGAGUUGAAGAAUGUUGUGCAACAAACAAGUGAUAGUAGUGAUCAAAAGAUUUAAGAAUUAGAAAAAUAAUAUCAAACUUAAUUAAGCGAAAAAGAUAAACAAUUACAAGAAGCCACUAAAAAAGCAAAGUUUGAUGUUUUCAAGUUAAAUAAACAACUUAAUGAAUAAAAGACAUUAAUAGAAAGUGAAUAAGCCAAGACUAACUUAUUGUAAUAAUAAAUUGAGAGACAUGAAAGUUCAUUGAGAGAAUUGGAAAUCAAGGUAAGAUGUAAUUCAAAUCAUUUAGAUUUCUGAAUUAGAAUAAAGGAAUUUACACUUGAUUGAAGAAGUAAAGCAAAAACAAUUAGAAAUAGAAAAGCUUAAUGAGGAAAGUCUCUCUAGAGUGUAGGUUGAAGAGAUUUCCGCAGAUAAGCCCUCAUAUUAAGAGUUAGUCGAUUUGAUCUAGAAAUUUUAAGCUAAUGAGAUUACUUAUCAAUAAGAAAUGAAAAAUUUGGAAGAGGAACUAAACUUGAAGAAUACCCAUUCCUUUGAAUUAUAAGAGGAACUUAAUCAAUACAUUGAAAAAUCCUAGUUGCAGGAUAAAAAAGUAAUUUGAUUUACAAUAAACUUAGUAUUAAGAUAGUCUAAGAUCUAUUAAGGCUUUGGAAGAGUAAUAGGCUAAUGAAAGACAUGUUUCCUAAGAUUUACAACAUUAUGUCGAACAAUUAAAAUAAGAGAAAGAACAUUAAUAAGCAGAAUUUAUACACAAAAUUAAAGAGUUGAGUGAGCACAAUACUAACAUUGAUGAUGCUGUUUAUGAUGUGGAAUAAAAAUAUUAAAAAAUGAUGAUGAUUCAAGAAGAACAAUAUUAAAGGAGAGAAUAGGAAUUAAUUCAUUAAAUAGAAUAAACAGAGGAAAAAUAAAGUUAACAAGAAUAAUUAUUGAAAAAGUAAGAACAAAAGUAUAAAAAUGAAAUUAAAUAAUUAGAGGAGAAUAACAAUUAAUUGAUUUAAUAAAAAUAACUCUAAAUUACUUAGUUGUAAAAAUAAUUAUCAGAUGAAACUCAUAAGACAAGGGAGGAAAGCAAUAAAUAAAUAAAUGAAAUUAAAUAAGAGAAUUAUAAAAAAGAGAAACAACUGGAGUAAAAGAUUUAAGAGGUUACAAAGCAAUACGAGGGAGAACUUAAUAAGAUAAGAAAGAUGGAGAUCAUUUUAAAAAAGAAAGAAAGAGAAAUUGCAGAAGAGAAGGAAGGAAAAAAAUUUGCUGAAGAAUAAUUACAAAUUCUAACAGAUAAAUGCAAUAAAAUGAUUGAAUAAUAUGAUAAUAAAAUCAGAGAGAUUUAGAUAGCAAAUUAAGUAACUAAGUAAGAUUAGCACAGACAUUCAAUAUUUGAUUAGAGAAUGUCAAUUUCAAGUUCAGACAUCAAUAAAACAUUUGAGAUUGAAGUUUUGAAAGCUUAAAUUGAAUAGUUAUAAUAAAAAGGAGAUAUAGAAUUGUAAGCUGAAAUUAAUAGAUUAAAUGAAAGAGAAAGAGCAUUAAAGAAGGAGUUGGUUGACUUAUAAAAUGAAAUAGGCAAUGAAAGACUCAAUUUCACUGUAGUUUAAAGAUAGUUGGAACAGGAAGUUGAAAGCUUGAAUUAAGAAAUUAACAAUCUGAAAUUGGAUCAUUAGAGUGAAUUAGAUCAAAUUAAUGAUUAAAAUAAUAGAAAUUUAUCAUCUUAAAAAAAUGAAUUCUAAACUAAAAUAAAUAAAUUAGAAUAAAAAUUUGAACAACAAGCUAAUUAAUUUCAACAGAAGUAAACUGAAAUGGAAGAAGAAAAAGAAAACAUUAUUUAAUAAUUAAAGAGUAUAAUAUAUUUAUAGAUAUUUUAGUUAAGAUUAAAUAAUGCGAAGAAUAAGUUAUUGAGUUAAAAGAGAAGAAAAACCUCAAGAAUCCAACAUAAUAGACAAUAAUCUAAGAUGAUAGUUUGCAGCUUUAAUAGGAAAUAAAUUCUUUGAAUGAAAAAGAACGAGUAUUGAGGAAGGAGAUAUUGGAUUUGCAGAAUGAAUUAGGCAAUUCGAAAUUGAGUCAAACUAUAAAAAUCAGAGAGUUAGAAACAUUGGCUGAAUAGUAUAAAUAAGAAUCGAUUCAUGCUCAGUAAGAAUAAGAUUAUGCUGAAUAAUUAACUGCUAAGAUUAGUAUAUAAUAUGCUGAUUUGGCCAUGGAAUAUGAAAAGGCUGUACUUCAAAAUAGAUCUUAUCGUAAAUCAUUUUCUAAAUUAAAGUAAUGAACC